AAUAUCAUCGAAAUAAAAUCAUUGUUCGUCACUUCUGGAAAAAAUUUACACGCUGAAACACACAGAUUUUCUUGUUCUUUCUGCAGUGGGUAUUUCAGUUUAAAUAUUGCGGACGUCUUACCAAAUAUUGAAAUAAAAUUAUAUUUUAAGUUACUAAAUUGGAAAUUUACUAAUCGGAACUUCAAGGUUGGCUAUGGAUUUGUCUGCGUAUCAAAAAUUGAAUAUACACAUGAGUACUCGCGGAAAGCGGCCAUUGCGAAAUCUAACACCCAAUGAUAAAGUUCGAGCAAUUCAACGUAUUCAUCAAGGGGAGACCAAAGCUUCUGUUUCGAGGGAUAUUGGUGUUCCAGAGUCAACACUUCGGGGCUGGUGCAAAAAUGAAAAUAAACUACGCUUUAUGUGUCGCCAAAUGAAUGAAACAAAUGAAUUCGAACAAUUUCCGAUUUCAAAAUUGGAAAAUUUUCAACCAGCUGUGAAAAGAAAUAAAUUGGAUGGAACUAACCUUUUUACCUCUACCAUUAAUAUUGAGAAUCUGAUCGAAUACAAUAGGAUAUCUAAUAUAAAUAAUUGCGCAUUUGAUAUCAAUAAUAACAGCAACUAUGAAAACUCGUUACUUGAGGAAACCUUAUGCGAAUUCCUAAAAAAUAAAUCUUUGCCCGAUUCAACUGGAAUAAUGAGAAAGAAUUUAAAGGUUGACGACAAACAAAUUUCAACUCGCUUUUGCACAUCGGGAAAGACAUUAUCAUCCAUUAAUCCAAUUAAAAAAUACAAGGAUUUUAAUUUUAGUCCCCACAACAGUGUAGUUAGUUCUGAAGAUAGCAAACCAAAAUGUAUACAUUCCAAGCAAGCUCUUACUGGUCCAAAUAGUGAAGGAAACGACACAAUUACAUAUAACAAGUGGUCCAAAUGUUUUUCAGAAUUUACUAAUAAUGAAACUAUUAAAACUAGUAAUUGCUCUACCGACGGCAAUCUAUUGGGCAUUAAUAAUAGAAACGACGUAAAUUUCAAUCAAAGAAGUGUUAACAAUAAAAAUAAUGAGUGCAGCAAUGAAUCGAGAUUACUUAGCUGGUGCAAAAUUUUUGACGCAAGCUUUAAUUUUUUAGCUUUAGCAGCAACUACUGCCACACUGCCAAGUAGUGAUGAUGAUGCCAGAAAUAAUAAACUUUCUCAAAAACAUUUGGAGUAUUGUAUUUCCGAAACUAAAACGCCCACCAUUCAAAGGGAAUUUUUAAAUUAUAGCUACUAUGGAAGUGAACCAGAAGAUCUUUCCAUACAUUCAACAGUCUCAAAAACUUCUUCAUCUACCAACAGUAAGAACCAAGUCACAGCGGAGAGUAUCACAUCCAGUGUUUCUUUACAAAGUGAUGCAGACUCUUAAAAAAAACUGAAUAACAUUAUUACAAAUCAACUAAUUAACUGUGAGAAAAAGGUUUUAGGUAAAUCAAUAUUACUAUAACUACUUGAUUGUUUAAUUCAAUAUGCGAUCCAAAAUGUGUUAUUUAUUAUAUAAUAGCCUAGACAGACAGCAGAGUUAUUACGGAUUAACUGCGCUUUUAAUCAGUUCCAAAUAAAAUAAAUAAACUUCAAUAUUUAUGAACUAUAAUUUAA